UCAAUCUAGUGACAUUUUCUGUGUGGCUUUAGUCCCUCGCAGACAAAUAUUUAUAAUAAUUAAAUAAUAAUAAUAAUUUUGUUGCAUGAAAGAAAAUUCCUGCAGUUCAAUCCGGAGUUGCACUUUCCACUUCCGUGUAGUUUGCCCGGGAAGCAUUUCCUCAAGGUUUAUUCGAGACGAGCAACCUGUUAUCAAAGAGGCGCUGAGACGAGCUGCGUUAGUCAUGUCGGUCAAUGUGAUGUCUACCAAUGGCACAUCCCCUCUUUGGUUUCUUGAUGUAUGUGACGGGAGAUUCUAUUUCCAAGUUGACGUGGAUGGAGUAGGUAAAGACAUUGCUGGGACUAGAUAUGGGGCUGUGAGAGAGGACUCUUUCAGAAAGUCACAGUGCAUUUCCUAUUUGAUCCAAAAUAAGGACAACAAAUAUCUACUUUUAGGGGACAACAGCCAAUUUGAAGUCCAACACUUAACUAUCCAGAAGAAAAGCUUGCCUGCUUCCCAAUUCAACGUUCAGUUUUACAAUGAAUCUGGCCUGAAGGUCAGGAAGGGCUUGGCUGUCAUGCUGUAUGCUAAUAAAAAUGGCAGUAAGAUGGUGGUUUGCUGUAGUGACAAGCGAGAAAUUUACCCACAGGCAAUGGAUCUUCCAGAGAAUAUUGAAACAGCUCACCACAAAGCUUUGUUCUACAUGACUCAACUCCAUGAAACACAAAACACAUUCAUGUUGGAGUCCUCUCUUCACCCAUGUGAAUUCUUGGGUUUUAAACCUGAGAAAAAUAAUUCUUCUCAACUCACCUUGGUCUUGCAUCGUAAAGUUGACGAAGUGGAUGAACGCUGCAUGGUAAAGCUUUCUUAAUGCAGUUUUAUAAUGUUAAAUUGUCACUUUUAGGUACAUUAGCUUUUUGGUUAUUGAAAAUGUGACUUUACAAAAUGUGGAAAUACAUUUCUUAUUGUAUAUCAUAUUCCAUUCCAUGCUUUUUACUGCUUAGA